CAUUUACACUCAUCACAUACAAAUUAUACUACUUACUCACCAUGGAAGAGUCAAAUGAGUGUGUCUGUAAAGUUUCUGUCAAAGUGCCACCCUUUUGGCUUUCAAAACCAGCCAUGUGGUUUGCCCAUAUAGAGACCCAGUUUAGAGUACGUGGCAUUACUGCGGAUCAAACCAAAUAUGACCAUGUAGUGUCUAACCUGGAUUUAAAGGUAAUGUUAGAGGUGGAGGACAUAAUCACCACUCCCCCACAAGAGAACAAAUAUGAACAUUUAAAAGCAGAAUUAAUAAGGCGACUUUCGGUGUCUGAGGGACAACGUGUCCGUCAACUAUUAACUGAAGAAGAACUGGGUGAUAGAAAACCAUCCCAGUUUCUACGGCACCUGCGCUCUUUAGCAGGAAAUACAUUGACUGAUGAAGGCAUUCUCCGACAGCUGUUCAUGCGUCGACUUCCUCUCCACUUGCAAACCAUACUAGCAGCCAGUGCCGACCCACUGGAUGAUAUUGCUAUGCGUGCAGAUAAAAUAUUGGAGGUCGCUCCCAGCAUCACAGCAGCACCUACACAGGUAAGUGUGAAUGCUGCUGCUGCAUCAGGCGCACCAAAUGAUCCUUUGGGCCUCCAUGCUUUUGCAGCCCAGAUGAAAGAGUUAACAGUUAACAUUGCCGCCCUUACUAAUAAUUCACGCUCCGGGCGUAACAGGAGCCGCAGCAUUUCAAACAGACGCUCUCGUUCUCCGUCUAAUAGCGACGGACACUGCUGGUACCACCGAAAAUUUCAGCACAAGGCCACGAAGUGCACCAGCCCAUGCUCCUGGAAGCAGGAAAACGGAAACGACAGGCAGUAAUGACGGCUGCUGACUGUCCAUCUUCGGGCCGCCGUCUAUUUAUUACCGACAAAACCAGCAAGGUCCGCUAUCUACUGGACACCGGAUCGGACAUAUGUUGCUAUCCUCGAAAAUUUUUUCGUGGGAAGAUUGCUCCCAGCGAAUAUCAACUAAGCGCAGCCAAUGGUAGUGCCAUUAAGACCUACGGUACUCAUAGUCUGAGUCUCGAUUUUGGGCUGCGAAGGGAUUUUCGCU